AACGACAACACAAACCCUCGGAAGCCAGCCUGAGGACACCGUAGAUCUUCCGUUCCAUUUAGGCCUAAAUACACAAAAAUCUGGCGCGAUAAUAACCUUACCUACGCUAGAAACGGUGCCGGUUUUAAGGCUGCCAAGGCCGACGGCGUAAAAAGUUAUUUUAUUUUAUUUUAUUAUUUUUUUUAAUUCGAUCCACACGUGACAGUGUUUCUAAUUAUUUUUUAUGUAUUCCGGGUUUCCAUUUUUUAUGGGAUUCUCCAAAACACUUUUGACAUGGCGGAAUCAGGCACAAGAGAAAACGUGCUCAUCACGGAAAUUAUGGACCCCUACGAGCGCGCCGUAAAGUAUAUGGAAAGUCACAACAUUCUGCAGAUCUUUGAAGAAAUCAUAGAGAAUCUGGCUUAUGACAGACCAGAUGACCCCCUACAGUUUAUGCUAGAAAAGGUACAGAAAAUGAUCCGAUCCCGGCAGGAGUCAAACAAGAAAACUGAGAAACCUGAAUAUGUUUCUCAGAAGUAGGACUCUACAAAACACAUUAAAGACCACAUUAAACCUA